AUGAACCUUUGGAUACUUUGGUCGCAUCUUAACCCAUGGUUGAAGAAUGAGACGAUCAAGAAGAGAAGAAAGUCCUCCCAUGAACUGGAGUUAAUAUGUUCUCAGACUUUCUCUGAAUCUCUUUCCGUCUCAUUCCAAACAAAGCAAAGGCACUACUUACAGCCCAAGUCGCGGAUGAUCGACGCGGCUACGUCGGACGAAGACAAGGUCACGCCUGUUUACAAACUGGAAGAGAUUUGCGAGCUUCUGCGAUCCUCGCAUGUCAGUAUUGUCAAGGAGGUCUCUGAGUUUGUAUUGAAACGCCUCGACCAUAAGAGCCCAAUUGUUAAACAGAAGGCUCUGAGGUUGAUAAAAUAUUGUUUGGGGAAAUCUGGCGUGGAGUUCAGGAGAGAAAUGCAAAGACACUCGGUUGCGGUGCGCCAGUUGUUUCACUACAAGGGCCAGUUGGAUCCUUUGGUAGGCGAUGCACUUAACAAAGCUGUGCGAGAUACUGCUCAUGAAGCUAUCUCUGCCAUAUUUUCAGAGGAAAAUAAACCAGCCCCUGUGGAAGAUCGUAACAAAAGAAUCCAAGGUUUUGGAAGUACAAACUAUGAAAUGCCAUCGGAAGAUAAGAAAUCAUUUCUCAGUGAGGUAGUAGGUAUUGGCAGUGCGUCAAUCAAGCAGGGUAUAAGUAGUUUUACUCAAAGUCACUCGUUAAGAAAGAAUGACAAUGGAAGCUACAAGAGUCCAAAUCUUCAUAGGUCAUUGACCAAAGAAACCGAGUACACAGAAAGAUAUGAACCAGUUGAAUAUCGCAAUGAGACUCAAGGGAGUUCUGGUUUUUCAAAGACCGUGGCUUGGGGCCAGGAUUCAGGAUUAACUGAGAAUGAAACAACUAAUGGGAAUUCCUCCUCAAGUCACUCUGGAAGUAAGAUGCCUGAGGAGAGGUUGGUGGAGACUAUUGUGACGUCAGGUGGUGUACGAUUACAACCUACUCGAGAUGCCGUGUUGGUUUUCCUUGGUGAGGCUUCAAAAUUAAAUGCAUUGGCUUUAAGUCACGCACUUGAAACAAAGCUCCAAUCUCCAAUGUGGCAGGUUCGCAUGAAAGCUGUCUGUGUCCUCGAGUCAAUUUUGAGGAAAAAGGAUGAUGAACCAUUUUCUGUUGUUGCGUCUUAUUUUAGUGAAAACAACGAGGUUGUAGUCAAAUGCUCCGAAUCUCCGCAAUCUUCCCUUAGGGAAAAGGCAAAUAAGGUUUUGAGCCUCCUGGGUGGAGAAAAGACAGGCACGCCUGCAGCCAUUUCGGAAAAGCUUGUGAAGGCCGAGACAGUCGCUGUUCCCAUGCCUGACUUGAUAGACACUAGUGAUCCAAAUGAUUUCAUUGGGACAGAAAAUUCCGAAGAAAAGCAAAACGACCCAAUUAUUUCAAACCUGACAACGACACCACCUGCACUAAUUGAUGAUUUAUUUGGGGAUGGUUCCAGCAAUGUUGCAACCACUAGUGAACUGAGAAAUGAUGACGACCCAUUCGCAGAUGUUUCAUUUCAUGAAAGUGAGAAUAGAGAACCCAUAGAUGAUCUAUUUUCUGGGAUGACUGUUGAUGGUAAACUGGAUGCUAGUGAGAAUCACAUAGCAGGAAAGAAAAGUGGCUCUGAACUAUUUGAUAUUUUUGGGUCUGAUGCAGGGGUUCCAAAGGAGCAAGAAAAUAAAAAAGAUGUUAAUGAUUUAAUGGCCGGUUUGUCCAUUAAUGAAAAUGGCUCAAAGAUGGAGCAAAAAGGAACUUCUUCUGGGACACUAUCUCAAACUCUUUUCUCAGAUUUAAGUAGUGAUCCCAAGCAUCAGGUCUCUAAUGAUGUUUUGAGUGGGAUUCUUGGUUCUCAAACUGUAGGGAUGAACCCAAAUUUUAUGUUCCCUCAAGGUGCUAUGCCAUAUAAUAUACCACCAGGGUUGAUGUUCAAUCAGGCUUUCCCUUCUCAACAGAUGAAUUACGGUGCCAUGGGAAAUCUCUUUGCACAGCACCUAGCAACGAUGUCUAACUUCCAACACCUUGGAAAUCUGACUGCUCAAAACUCUGGCGGUGUUCAUGUUGCAGGAACAACAGGAGGUUAUUCUUCGGCUUUUCCUGACAUAUUCCAAUCAAAUUUUCCAAUUUCAGUCCCUAGUUCAACGACAAACAGUUCAAAGAAAGAGGAAACAAAGGCAUUUGAUUUUAUCUCUGACCAUCUUGCAGCUGCUCGUGAUCCUAACAGAUUAGUUUAGCCUUGAAGUUAAGCUUCAAGAUAAGGACCUUAGCACUGUCGAUGAUGAGUUCGAGGCAUGUUUACCGGAGUAGGUUACUCUUUUUAAACUGAGAAAUUCGAUAUUCUUUUGCAAUAAUGGAACAUUUGCGGAUAUUAUCCACAUGUUUCCAUGUAAAUUGCGUCCAAAGUGAUAAAAGAGAGGAAUACUGGUGCUUAGAUGAAGAGCGGUGAAACGGUUGAUAUUGUCUGCAUACAAGAUGGAACUAGAGUGAGAGGAGUGUUGUGUAGUUCUAGCUUUGUCAGUUUUUCAAAUAUGUAAUGCAAGCACCGAUAUCAUGCCAUUCUUCUCUUUUCUUUCUUUUUCCCCUUUUCUCUUUUUUCUUUUUGUUGGUGAACAAUACAUAGCUCAUACAGAUUUUUCCCUCCUUUGUUUUCUCCUAUCGUCGAGAAGUACUUGUGGAACAUGCCUCGGGAAACAGAAAGCUAGUUGUGAAAAAAAGGAAAAAAAAAAAAGUUGCUCUUGCCGUUUAUACCAUUUUAUCGGGUCGUAUUGUAAACAAUGGAGAAGGUGGUUUCACAUUUUUUUUUCCCUCACCAUUCUCUAUAUGAAUGCUACAUCUAGUGUUUGUUUGUGUGUACA